CCGGGCGCGGGGCAGCAGGCGGCCACUCCCCAGAAGAGGAAGAACAUGGCGGGUGCGGCGGGGCCCGGGAGCGGCCCGGGGUCAGCGGGGCGAGAUGCAGACGAUUCAUUGUAUCCGAUUGCGGUUUUAAUCGACGAGCUCCGCAAUGAGGACGUGCAGCUCCGUCUCAACAGUAUAAAAAAGUUGUCAACAAUUGCUCUAGCACUUGGAGUAGAAAGGACCCGAAUGGAACUGCUGCCAUUCCUUACAGAUACAAUUUAUGAUGAAGAUGAGGUGUUGUUAGCUCUUGCUGAGCAGCUGGGAGAUUUCACUGGCCUGGUGGGAGGUCCAGACUUUGCCCACUGUCUACUGCCUCCUUUGGAAAGUCUGGCAACUGUGGAAGAGACUGUUGUUCGAGACAAGGCUGUGGAGUCCCUGAGGCAGAUCUCUCAGGAGCAUACUCCUGUUGCUCUGGAAGCUCAUUUUGUACCUCUGGUGAAACGCCUGGCGAGUGGGGAUUGGUUUACCUCUCGUACAUCUGCAUGUGGUUUGUUCAGCGUUUGCUAUCCCAGGGCUUCAAAUGUUGUCAAGGCAGAAAUUAGACAGCACUUCCGUUCCCUGUGCUCAGAUGAUACACCAAUGGUACGACGUGCAGCUGCUUCCAAAUUGGGUGAAUUUGCAAAAGUUUUGGAAUUAGACAGUGUGAAAAUUGAAAUUGUUCCUUUGUUCAUUAAUCUAGCUUCAGAUGAACAGGACUCAGUACGCCUGCUAGCUGUGGAAGCUUGUGUCAGUAUUGCCCAGUUGUUGUCUCAGGAUGAUCUUGAGGUCUUGGUAAUGCCUACCCUUCGACACGCAGCUGAAGAUAAAUCUUGGCGAGUUCGCUAUAUGGUAGCUGACAAAUUUUCAGAGCUCCAGAAAGCCGUGGGUCCUAAAAUCACCUUAAAUGACCUCAUCCCCGCCUUUCAGAAUCUGCUUAAAGACUGUGAAGCUGAAGUCCGAGCAGCUGCUGUUCACAAAGUAAAAGAGCUUUGUGAGAACUUGCCUAUUGAAGGUAGAGAGACCAUAAUUAUGAAUCGAAUUUUGCCAUAUAUAAAGGAAUUAGUAUCUGAUACCAACCAGCAUGUCAAAAUAGCUCUAGCUUCUGUAAUUAUGGGAUUAUGUACCAUUUUGGGCAAAGAGAAUACUAUUGAACAUCUUCUACCUCUUUUUUUAGCUCAGUUAAAGGAUGAGUGUCCUGAAGUUCGUUUGAAUAUCAUCUCAAAUUUGGAUUGUGUUAAUGAAGUUAUUGGAAUCCGUCAGCUCUCUCAGUCUCUCCUUCCUGCCAUAGUGGAACUGGCUGAAGACGCCAAGUGGCGGGUGCGGCUAGCUAUCAUUGAGUAUAUGCCACUGCUGGCGGGCCAGCUGGGUAUGGAAUUUUUUGAUGAAAAACUGAAUUCCUUAUGUAUGGCUUGGCUUGUGGACCAUGUGUAUGCCAUCCGAGAAGCUGCCACCAACAACCUCAUGAAAUUAGUUCAGAAGUUUGGUACAGAGUGGGCUCAAACUACCAUAGUUCCAAAAGUGUUGGUGAUGGCAAAUGAUCCUAAUUAUUUGCAUAGAAUGACCACUUUGUUCUGCAUUAAUGCACUGUCUGAAGCCUGUGGUCAGGAAAUAACCGCUAAGCAAAUGCUACCCAUCGUAUUAAAAAUGGCAGGAGACCAAGUAGCAAAUGUUCGUUUCAAUGUGGCUAAAUCUCUUCAAAAAAUUGGGCCUCUUCUUGACACUGAUGCUUUGCAGGGGAAAGUUAAGCCGGUACUGCAAAAGUUAGGUCAAGAUGAAGACAUGGAUGUCAAAUAUUUUGCGCAGGAAGCUAUAAGUGUUCUUGCAUUGGCAUAAUGAGGAACAUGAGGGAGAAGCCUUUACUAAAUUCUUAUCACAGAUUUCUAGUCAAUGUUUUCUUAAAUCGGGUGCAGAGAAAAUGGGAAACCUUCAAGACCGCAUCCAAGCAAAUGGCAACAACUUAAAGUAAAAUUUUACUGACAUGACUCUUUCUAAAGAUGGAGCAGGAUUGUUUUUCUUUACUCGUAUCUGUUGGCAUAAUUAUUUAAGCCAUUCUUAUUGACCAAUUCCUGAUACUUGGUACAGUCAUUUCCUGAUUGUCUCCCUAUGUUUUUCUAGCACCAUCUGGGCUCUUAAAUUCUCACUGUUGUGUCCAGUCAGGUGCCAGCUGCUUAAUAUUCCAGAUAAGCCUGGAUGGUUUGGACUGGUAAAUGAAGUGGAAUGAUUCUCUUACUGUGUACAUAUAUCUGUGUGCCUCUCCAUCAUUGCAAAAUUAAAGGUACAUAGUUUAGAGUAACUUAUUCUAUAAACUCUCUACUUGGGAGAUACAUUGAGAAAUGACUAGUGAAAGCCAUUUUCCUAGAUUAAGAUGGAAUGCGUUAGUAUCUCACAUGAACUGGGAACAUGAAAGCUCAGGAUUAAUGUGUUGGUUACCUUCAUUUUUUUAUUUACUUAGUUGUGCCUCUAAUCAUGUCAUUGAGAAGCCAAAAGUAUGGAUGUAUGUUGCAGCUAGCAUGUUAUGUUGAAAUUUAACACUGUGACUGCCUUCAAAAAUUCUUCUAAGAAACUUUAACUUUCAUUUCUCCUAAUAAGCAGAAGUUUUACUGUUUCAUUAUAAGAUUGCAGUUUUGUCUUUUGUUGUUUUUUUUUUUGGUACCGGGGAUCAAACUCAGGACCCUGAGCUUGCAAGGCAGGCGCCGGAACCAUUGAGCUAAAUCCCCAGCCCCAGUUUUGUCUUUUGAAUGAGUAUAGGAACCACUGGUAUAAUAUUGUGUGGAUUUCCUAGUCUUUACCUGACUCUGCUUCCAGCAGAUUAGCAUUUAUCCUUGCUACCUUAUACAGUAUUUUUCCAAACUUAAGUUUCAUUGCUAAUUUUUUGGUGUGGGUAAUACUAGAAUCUUACUUAAAAUGUUUGAUUUUUGGGGGCUGGGGAUUUAGCUCAGUGGUUCUGCCACCUGCCCGGCAAGCUCAAGGACCUGAGUUCGAUCCUUGGUACCAAAAAAAAAGUUUGAUUUUUACUUUUACUGUAAAAUCUCAUUAAUUUCUUUUGAAAUUUAAGAUACUGGGUUAAGCCAAAGGGUUUGCUGAAGCAAAUUAAUAGUAUGUAAGGAAAACUGAACUACAGUUCCAGUGCUCCUUUUAGAAAGCACCCAUUUACCUGUUGACAUGGCAGUUACCAAUCACUCUUCAGUUGUAUCACACACUGCCUUUGAAGAUGUAUGUCUAAGGGGUUGUAUAUGUUUUUGUUGGUUUGGGGAUGGAGUUUUAAAAUUUUCUUUGCUCCCUAUUGGGAGCCACCUUCCUGCCCUAUUAAGGGGAGACAGCCAUUACUUUCUCAGUCAUGGGCCGUAGAAUCAGAAAGGCCUCUGUCUUUUUCAGUGAUUCUUUAAGGGACUUCAUUAUUUCCUUCUGACUUAAACUAUAGGAAAUCCCUUUUGUUAUUGUUCAGAAGAAUUUUUCUUUGGUUCAUAACUUAACCAUUUUCUCAGGUUUUUUUUUUUGAGACAUGGCCUCACUAUGUUGCUCAGGCUGGUCUCAGACACCUGGACUCCGGUAAAUUUUUCUUUGUAGCCUUUUCAAGUACUGUUCCUGCAAGCAGUGCACCAGCCUGCUUGGCCACUGAUUAUUCUUUUUUUUCCCCUCAGUACUUGUGAUUGAACCCAGGGCCUUAAUGCUGAGCUAGAUUCCCAGCCUUUAUUUUUUUAUUUUGAGGCAGAGUCUCAGUAAGUUGCCCAUGCUGGGGUUGAACUUGCAUUUGUCUUGCCUCAGCCUCCCAAAGUGCUGAGAUUACAGGUGUGCACCAUCAUACCCAGUUCAAUGUUUUUCCUGUCUUGAUUUCACUAAAGUAUAAGCUUCAGGGGUUCUGAGGGCAAGAAUUUUUGUUUUGUUUUGUCUUCUGUAUUAUCAGUGCCUAGUUUGGUGUCAGGAGCUCAAUAAAAAUGUGUUCAAUGAAUUUAUUUCUAAAAUCUGUCAUCUCGUGUUGUAUGCAUGGAACAGUCAUCAAAGGUACCAGACUUAUCUCAGUCUCUCAUUGACACAAAGAUUUUUCUUCUCUUAGGAAACAAACUUUAUGUGGCCCUUCUCCAGUCCCUCAGCUCAGGGAACAAUUCCUUUUGUAUUUGUCCGAUUGUCUCAAACAUACAUUGCUAUUGUUUAUCAUUCUAGACAGUUUAUAUCUAUCUGGCUUAUUAAGAAAGUGAAGCUGGGCCAGGGAUUUAGCUCAGUGGUUCUGGCGCCUGCCUUGAAAGCGCAAGGUCCCGAGUUCGAUCCCCUUUGCCAAAAAAAAAAAAA